GAUUUCUUCCAUAUUCUUUUAGUCAUAAUUUCUAAUUAUCUUUUAAAAAUAAAAAAUUGUGAUAAUCUAGGUACAAUGACAUUGCUAAGUAUGGGUUUGCUGCAAUGGGAAGAUCAAGGCAGACUGUACCAGAACCAUCAAGAAAAAAUGAGACUUCACAAAAUGCAGAUCAGAAGGAUAGACCAAUUGACCUAGGAGGGGUCAUGAUUGGACUAGGUGAACAAGUUUACUCGGUGCUUCUUUUGAGCUUCUUCUUUUUGGAGGUUUACGCAACAGGAUUUAUACCCUACAUUGGGAAGGCAGUUAAUUUCCUACUUCUAGCUUGGAUGUAUGCCUAUUACUGUUUCGAGUACAAGUGGAACUUUUCUGAAGUGGGUCUGGACAAAAGGCUUGACUUUUUUGAAUCUAACUGGGCAUUCUUUGCUGGUUUUGGAAGCCCUUGUGUUCUUGCUAUUUUCUUUUUCUCACCUCUUGUGAGCUACGGAGUCAUGGCCAUACUAUUUCCAUUGUUUGUUCUUACUGCGACGGGCUCCGGAGCAGAAGAAUUUAUUUCUUUAAAAAGAAGACAAUGGAAAGGUUCCAGACUGGGGAGGCUUCCAAUAUUUUAUGCAGCAGAUACUUUGUCGCUGAGAGUCUUGUCGUUCUUCCACUUCCGCCUGGAAUCUCUAAAACAGAAACAAGAAGACAGUAAGACACUCUAAAAAGCUGUCUUGACGCUUACCUGAUUUAUCAACUGUUCAAAUCAAAUGCUCGGUCAAACAAAUCACAUAUAUUCAACAGGACGAUACCGAUGUAUUAUAAGCUCCAAUGCUCCAAGAAAUUCUGCUGAAAUUUCAUGUGAGUUGAGCAAAAUUGUGAAAAAGGUAAUCUAUAACCUGU